AACAGCACGCUUGAAUAGGGGGUGGACCUCGCAUGAUAGUGUCAUUGCACCCACGCAUAUUUCGUUAGCAACUAGCCGAUCCAGGUGAGAAAAAGAAACAAGACAUCUUAUCGCAGUGGACGUGGUGGAUCGAACAGAGGCCCUAGUCUGUCUGUCAAAAUGGAUGGUGAAGCCAAGCGACAGCAGAUGCUGGACAAACAGCGAAUUCUCAUGGAAGAAAAGAAGAAACAGCGACAAAGGCAAUCAGGAAUGGUCAUGGCUAUCAGUGGACGUGCUCGUCCUUUAUCCUCAAAAUACCUUCGACCGACCAGUCGUCCCACUUCUGAUAUUCCAACUGCCUCCAGCGAUAGUGACAUGAUUUCACGGAGACCGAGUGCAAGUAGCGAGACUCCACUCAUUUCACCCCCCCUGACACCGCCCCUCAUAGAAACAGGAAACACAACAGCACAAGGUCAUUUAGAGUCGAUUAAAUCCUCUGAGGUGCUAAAGACUAUACAACCUAACGGAAAUCAUACAUUCCCGACUCCUAUCACCGUGAACACUAAGUUUUCUGAGCAGGGGUCUUUUAUCGAACGCAAAGAAAAUGAGUCUUCAUCAUCUAACGGACAAACAGCUCAAUCAAAACUGGACUCUAUGGGGUUAACCGCAUUUGUAGAUUACGAAUCUGAAGAUAGUGAUGAUGAGAUUGAGGUACUGGGCAACCCUGGUGCAAAAGAAGCCUCCCCAAGUUCCGCCGUGUCCACAGAAGAAGCUGCAAAAGUUGUGCCAACUGCAGCUGUAGAGUCGCAAGCAACAGGAAUGCAAAUGCAAAGUCUUGCUCUCACGUUAACACCUGGAGGUGGAGAAAUCGAAGAUUUACACGACUUUGUGCACCAACCAGCUCCUGAGGGGGUAACAAUAAAAUGCAGAGUGACCAGGGAUCAGAAAGGCAUGGAAAGGUAUCUUUACCCCACCUACUUCCUACACAUGGAAAGAGAAGACAGUGGAAAAAAGAUAUUCCUACUAGCAGCACGCAAACGAAAGAAGAGUCGUUCUUCCAACUAUUUGGUAUCAACCGAUCCUACUGACCUUUCGAGAGAUGGUGAGAAUUUCAUUGGGAAAGUUCGCUCUAAUUUUGUCGGCACAUCAUUCACAGUUUUCAAUGGAGGUGCUAACCCACAAAGAAGAAAAGUUAAACCUGGCCAGAAAAUCAUUCGUGAGGAACUUGCUGCUGUUCAUUACGAGACAAAUGUUCUUGGCUUCAAAGGUCCUCGGAAAAUGACUGUCAUUAUUCCAGCGAUGAAUCAUGUUCACAAGAGGAUUCCAGUCACUCCAAAAGUAGAAAAUGAAACACUACUGGAGAGGUGGCGAAACAAUCACAUGUCAGAUCUGCUGGAGGUGCAUAACAAGCAGCCAGUGUGGUCUGAUGACACUCAGGCGUAUGUGCUCAACUUUCAUGGCCGAGUUACUCAAGCAUCUGUGAAGAACUUUCAAUUGGUGCACAGUUCACAUGAGGAUUAUGUUGUGAUGCAGUUUGGUCGUAUUUCAGAGGACACAUUCACUCUCGAUUACAGCUUUCCCAUGUGUGCCCUGCAGGCGUUUUCUAUUGUGUUGUCUAGCUUCGACUCCAAGUUGGCCUGUGAAUAAUGCAAAGACAGCUUACUCUCUAGUGAUAAUAAUAUAGCAACUCGAUAUCUGUGUAUUGUGCAUUUAGUGAUCUCAUUUUUCUGUUUUGAUUACACCAUGUUACACGGUUUUUUUCUGUUUUUGUUACACAAGGUAAAGGAUCAUGCUUUUAAUAUAAUAA